AAGAAAACUGCCUAUAUUAAUACAAAUAUACAAUAUAUACAAAAUAUAUAUUUUUAUAUAUUUUUUAUUUAUUUAUUUAUUUUAUUUAUUUUAUUUAUUUUUAAAUGCCUAUCAGGGCUGCAAAAACGAUAGUUAAAAAACUAUCAAAUUAUUAUUAUAAUUAUGGAAAACUAGUUUCUUCUCGAACUUAUUUAUUACUACUCUUUUCUCUUUCUUUUAUAUCCUAUUUUUCAUUACCAAUCAUAUCCAAAUAUUUUCACCAUGUUGUGUCUUCGAAUAGUAAUAUACCUUUAUCUCAUAUAUCUACUUCUUUGGAUUCCCAAUGUUGGCAUGCUUCAGCUCAUGUUCAAUUCAAUAAUUUUACCCUUAAUCAACAACCGCCAACUACUUAUUUAAUAGCAGAACAAAUACGUUUAUCUUUACCAGAUCAGUCUGUUAAUUUUGAAUUAAUAGAACAGGCAAAAAAAAUUUAUGAAAUGAUCACAACAACGGUUGUUAAUAUGGAUGGUGAAGCAGCUCCUGUUUCUUUGGCUACUAUCUGUUAUCAACAUAGAGGUCAUUGUCUAAUUCUUGCUCCAUCUUUUAACCAAUUAAAAGAUGAACCUAGUUGGAGAUCAAAAACGUAUAUUCAUCAUUAUCCAGAAUAUGACACGCAUCCUUAUUCAGUUUAUUCAAAUGCUACUUUUGAUUCUAAGGGAAUGUUCAUUAAAGCAGAUGCUGUCUUGUUAACAUUUAUAUUAAAUCAAACACAACAUGGCAAUUCUGUAUUCAUUUGGAAUAAAAUUUUAGAACAAGUUAAAUUAAAGCUUCAUAUUUUGGAUAUUCAACAAGAAGGUGACUCCUUUAUUUGGUCUGCCUCAUCAAAUAUUUUGCCACAAAUGAUACAAUAUAAAUUUAAUUUACUUCCUUAUGAUAUCUCGUAUAAAGUCCAAAUCUCUAUUCUAGUUUAUAUCGGAAUCUUUUUCUUAGUUUCAUAUACAUUUGGAAAAUCAAAUUUAGUGAAAUCAGGUUAUACAUUUGGUUUAGCUUCUAUCUUUCUAUCUAUUGCUUGUUUCACAACGACUUGGGGCAUUUUUGACAAGUUGGGAAUGUCAUUUCAUUCUGUACCUUGGUAUCUUUUAUUACUAGUUAUCAACAUUGGUUCAUUGGAGAAUAUAUUCUUAUUAACGAAUGCUGUUAUUGAUGCUGGUUGUGACAUGAUUGUAAAGGAAAAAAUCAAUAGAGGGUUACAAAAUGUCGGUGUCCCCAUGACUGCAACACUUACAGCAGAACUUUUAAUUCUUCAUAUUGGAUCACAAAUGGAUACUGAAUUGAUAAAAGAAUUUUGUGUAUUUGCAAAAAUGGCAUUAUUAGUAGAUUUUAUAUUAGAAAUGACGUUUACUAUAGCUAUACUUUCAAUUGACAUUAAACGAGUCGAGUUGGCUGAUUUAGAUGAUCGUCAAAUGUCUAAAAGACUUCAUGAACUCUCUGGCUUUGAUUUCGAAAAAGAAAGACAGAAUCCUGAUUUUUGUCCUAUUCAAGAUACAAAAAAUAAAGAAGAUUCAAAAUCUUGUGCAGAAUGUAAAGAUUUUAAAACACAUCGAGUUUAUAACGCGUUCAUGCUAUGCUUAAUCGUUCUUGCCUUGUCUUUGUUUUGUUCUAAAGAAAAACAUAGUCAUACAUCUUUAUCUUCAUCAAAUACAAUUGAACAGCAAGCACACUUUUUUAAUUAUCAACCUGAUUUAAGUCAAUUAUCAGAUCAAUUUUGGUCUACUGUAAAUCCACAAAAGGAUAUUACUUGGCUUCAAAUUCAACCACCUCAAUUAAUUAUCUAUGAUUCAGAUAUUAAACGCGCUAAGAACCAUUUAAAUCGUUUACAAUAUUUAUAUCAAAUGAAAUCAAUGUCGAUUCGUUAUAAAGCUGAGCAUCGUUCUUCUCUUUUUCGUAUGUUCAUCUUUUCUAUCUUACAAAAGUUCUUUACCUUUAUACUCAGCAUCAAUAUCCCUAUCUUUAUUCUUUGUUUGGUCAUGAUCGGGAUCAUUACCUGGAUGACUCCUAAAUGGCGAAAACAAUGGUUGGUACCUCUUCUUAUUCGCUAUUUUAAUCAAAUGGUCUUGACUUUAAUUCGUUGGUUUCCUUUAAGAUGUCUCUAUUAUACUUUAAUUAAAGGUCAAGCUUAUGAAGGCUUGAAUAAGGAAUAUGAUGCAGAUGGUAUACAUCAUCGUGGUGCAAUUGCUGUUCAAAAUAUUUUUAAUCAACAACAAUAUCGUUCUAAUGUCAAGACGGUCCAGAUACGUACUUUAAGUCAUCAACAUGUGGCUGAUAUUCAAGGUUUAGAUGCAAAUGCAGGUCAUAGUUUAGUUUCUUGUGGUCAAGAUGGUCGUAUUAUCUUAUGGAAUGCAAGUCCUAAAAAGGCUACAUGGGCUGCAAGACUUGAUAAAUUAUUCCCUAUUCGUGGUGGUGGUCUUCAAGCGACUCUAAACCCAUUUCUCUCUUCUUUCGACAAAAGGAAAUUAUCUGUUCAUCAUCAUCAUCAACAACAACAAAGAAAGAAAUCAAAUCAGGCUAUUUUAUUAUCUAAAAAUUAUCUUUCAAAGCCUCGUUGUGUUAAAAUGGAUCAAGGAAAUAAAUGGAUAGCUGCAGGUUAUGAUAAUGGUAUGAUUCGUGUCUGGAAUGCAAAUACUGGCCUUCUUUUUAGAGAAAUGGAUAUACAUCCUCAUACGCCUUCAGUAGAGGUUCAACAAGAAUCAUCCUCUCAUCUUCGUCAUCGAUUCAAUCAAGAUAUUACAAAUGCAGGUACUUUCUCUAACUUGAGUUUUACAACGAAAAAAAAGGGUCGUAUGGAUCCUAUUUUAUCUAUUCGAUUCAUGGGUGCUAUUGCUGAAUAUUGUCAUCCUAUCAUUGCUGAAGCAGCUGCUCGUUGUCGAACGUCAGAUACAGAGGAAUCUCAAAAUUUUAUUAUCUCUGCUCAUAAAAGUGGUGUUAUUCAUGAAUGGAAUAUUUUAUCGGGUGAAUGCAUUCAGACAGUUAAAACGGGUCAUACCAAGGAGAUAACGCAAUUGCAUGUGGUGGAUUCAAAGGUACCUCAUCGUAAAUUGGGGGUCACUUGGGUUUUCACCGCAUCCAAAGACGGUACAGUCAAUUGUUGGGAACGUCGAUUAGUCGUAGUCGUUCAUGCUACCAAACGAACCGCACAGCAGGAUACAGAAGAAGAAGAAGAAGAUCUGGAUAGACAACAAACAACGCGUUGGACUUUAAUGUAUACUAUUAAACAAAAUUAUCCUGUUACAUCCAUUGCCACUGAGGCACCUGUUGGAGGUAUGGGCAUCUUGGUGAUCGGCUAUAGUGAUGGUUCUGUGAAAGCAUGGAAUUUUGAAACAGGUGAACCUGUUUGUACAUUAUCGUAUGGUAAAUCAAGGUCAUCUUUAUCAAAUGAUCCCCUUGGUAUCGAUGCUAAUCAUGUAGGAGGUCCUCUUCGUCAAUUCUCCAAAUUAUCAAAUCAUCGUGCAAGUGAUUCCUCUGAUAAUGAUAAUGAUGAUGAUGAUGAUGAUCAUUCAUCUGAUCCACCAUCCUCUUUUACUUCUUCACAUUCUCGCCGUAUAUCAGAUCAUCAUGGAGCCAUUUAUCAAGUAGCAGUCACUCGUUAUUGUGAAGUAGAGAAUGGACCCGGUCUUUGUCGUGGUUGUGAUACUUGUUUUGGAAAUGGAUUUUUAAUUGCAUCUAGUAGCAUGGACAAUAAGGUUCAUGCAUGGCGUUUAGAGCGUGCUGAUAACAAUCAUGAAGGUACUUGUACGUUAUGCACAAAGGAUUAUCAUCGUAAACAAUAUAAGCAUCGUAAAACCUCAGUUAGUAGUAGUAGUAAUACGAAUAAUAAUAAUAAUGAAGAUGGUGAUCCUGCUAUCUUGGCUACUAUGAAUAACGAUAACAGCAACACUAGUCAUAAAAGAAGAAGAAGAAGAAAAUCUAGUCAGCAUGGAGAAAAUGCGAGUAUGAUAGCAGGGAAAAGGAAACAUAUGAAUCAUACCAAGACAAAUAAUACAAAUCCAUCUGAGGAUACCUUGGAAUUACUUGAUAUUGAGCAAUUAGUCGAUGAUACCCAUAUUCAACUAAAGCCCACCUUUCUUGGUAAAGUAGAUCAACCAGCGGGGCAUGGUGUGAUCUUUUGUGACAAGAUUUUAGCAGGUGUACGUCGUCGUCGUCGUCGUCAUCAUCAACCUCAACAACACCGUCGUCAACUUGAACAAUCACAUAAGGAACAUGGUGAAUGGGAGGCAUGGUUUGCAUCUUUACAAUAUUAUGAUCCAUCCGUUGUAGAUGAAAGUGGGCAUACAACUACGAUGAAAAUUCCUCUUGAGACCUUUAUCUUGGAUGAUCCUCAGCAAGAUAUCCAAUUACAACCAGACUCGCCAUCCUCUCAAACACAAAAGAGUUCAUUUUUCGGUCUUUUCUCCUUGUCGUCUUCAUCAAAUGCUGGUUCAAAACAUGACGAGAAAAUCAUAAAAGAUCAAUUAAAAUAUAAAGGAAUUCAUGCGCAUUCAAUUGAUCAUGAGUAUACAAGAAGAAAAGUAGAUAAAGAAGAAGAAGAAGAAAAGGAAGAAGAUAUGGAAGAAGAAGAAGAAGAUAGAUUAGAAGCAAGUGAAAAUUUACCAUUUUCAGCAGUACGUCAUAUUAUACCCCUGGAUGGAUCAGGUUUAGCUUGUGAUUUUGGUAAUUUUAUAAAACUAGUCUUUCUUCAGAAGCCUAGUUUAACAGAAAAGGAGAGAUUAAGACAAACAAGAGAUGUGAUGGAAGAUCCAAAGUAUAGAUCAAGAGAGACGAUAAAUGAAGAAGAAAAUAGUUCAGAGUGUCAAUGUACUGAAGAUACAUGUUCGUUGGCUACAAAGGGAAAGAAUGGAUGUUGUGGUGGAGUGAAUAAAGAAAAGAAUGGUGGACAAUGUUGUGGUAACGGCAAAAGUAUUAAACAAAAGCAACAAGCCAUUAGAAAUCAAAAGCUAUUGUUAAAGAAAAAAACCGCUCCAACGAAUAGUUGUUCAGGAUCAAAUGGUGGUAAUCUUACUGAAUGUGCUUUAAAAAACAAUUGCUCUCGUGCUUCAGAAUGUGCUUCAUCUAAUCAACAGGCACUUGCAUCAAGUAUAUCCACUUUAUCUUUUAAUCAUUGGCUAUAA